ACCCAGCCACCAAAGAAAACCCUAAAAGUUACCCUCCAUCUUUAGGAACCCAUAAACACAACCCUUUUCCCUCUUCUCUUCGACUACCGCCACCGCAAACCCUAGCUCCGCCACUUCUUCCUCACCAAGUCCAUUCUCUUUCUCAUUCGCUUCUUCAUCCUCCACCGCAAGAGGAAGUGGCGGCGCCACUACUACCGCACCGUCCUUCGGCUUUGGCUCCACACCUUCCUUCUCUGCAGCCUCUGUGUCGUCGUUUUCCUUAGGUUUUGGGUCCGCACUGACCGCAUCUCGCUCGGCUCCUGCUCUAGCUCCGUCUCUAUUCGGCUCUACUUUUUUGGCUUCUACUAUGGCAGCUUCGAGUACCGAUUCUCCCAUUUUCUGUGCUGCGAGUUCAGGCUCCUCCUUGUUCUCCACACCAUCUUUUGGUGGAACUUCCUCUACUACGACGCCGUUUGGGGCAAAACCCUCUGCUGCGACCACACCAUUUAGCGGAGCAUCUUCUGCUUGACCCUCACUAUUUGGUGGAGCAUCUUCGCUAUUUGGCCCUCUGUCGCACCAUCAAGGCAACCCUCUUGUUCUGGUGUUGAGCCUAGUGUCCUAUUUUGUAAGAUAAAGGGUGAUUGUAUUGGUAUCCGGCCGAAUUAAAGUCUGGUGAUGAUAGAAAGAUAUCAGAAGUGGUAAAUAGUAUGAAAGACUUGAUAGAUUACAGCAGAGAGACAGGGACUGGACCCAUAGUUGCCCCUACUGCAUAAAGAUCUUUUUGCAUCUGGAUUACGUAAGAGAUCCAGCGUUCUUCUGUACGAUCCUCUUGGAACUAGCAGAACUUUCAAUAGUUGUGCUUUCGCUGCUGUUGCCUCUGCCACCUCUCUUGGUUUGCUUUUGCUGUGGUACUGAUGUUGCUGCUAGGGUUUUCGAUGGAUGUCUCCAAGGAUUUGAUGGAUAUGCCCCGUCAUUUGAAAGAAUAUCAACUUGGUGUAGAAAGGUUUUUACAUUACUUGUUGCAAGUACCAAUCAAGAGCAUACUUCCUGACCAUAUUGCCAUCGCUCUAGUUUGAUUAUGCUCAUUUUUUCGUCGGGUAUGUCAGAAGGUAAUUAGCCUAGCUGAGGUGGCAAACUUAGAAGCAGAGAUUGUUGAGACAUUAUGCCAACUCAAGAGGAUUUUUCCUCCAAGCUUUUUUGACAUAAUGGUGCACUUGCCUAUUCAUGUGGCAAAUGAAGUGAGGUUAGGUGGUCCAGUUCAAUAUCGUUGGAUGUACCCUGUUGAAUGGUAUAUGUGCACACUAAAAUCGUAUGUUCGUAACAGAAGUCGUCUAGAGGGGUCCAUUGCUGAAGGAUAUUUGGCUAAUGAGUGUAUAAACAUUUGCUCAAGAUAUUUGCAUGAGGAUGUUCAGACAAGAUUCAAUAGAGUCCCUCGAAAUAAUUAUGAGUGUGUUUCAGAUGAGAUGCGAACUCCCAAUUUGUUUCCAAAGAAAGGAUGUCCCUUAGGUGGACAAAUGGGAAAUGUGUUCAUCUUAGAUGAAAAAUCAGAAGCACAAGGGUAUGCAUACAUCCUGAACAACUAUGAUAAAAUCGAAGUCUACAUGAGGAUAGAAAAAAGGGAGAUCACUAAAAGAAAAAGAAUAAUUACCUUAGGUUAAAAGAACAUGAAACAUAAAAGUCCAAAAAAAAUAAUUCUUUUGAGGUGAUGCAAGUUAGGUCAAGUGUUGAAUUGCUACAAAAAUAUAAUAUUAAGAGAUAGAAGAUCAUGGCUGAAAAUAAUAAAGCUAGGUUGCAAGCUCAAGGCCUAAAAGAUCUAAUAAGAAAACAACCCAUCACAAUAGUAGAAGAUGCAUUUGAAGAGCAAACUGGGGCUCCGAAGAAGAAAAAGAAAGUCCCACCAAACUCACUAUUUCAAGAAUGUGAGUGUAUUGGGAAUAAUUCAAAGGCUGUUGAAAAGAACCCCCAAAGUGAGAAUGAGGCAAUGUUUCAAGCUGAAAAGAACUCGAAAACUGGGAAUAAAAAAACUGUUGAAGAUGAUACAAUGGAUCAAGAUGAUGCAAGUUCUAAUAAGGAGGGAGAAGAUACAAGUGGGCUGAGCAUAGAAUCAAACAAAAAGGGAAUGAGUAUUGACAUGUAUUUUAAGGUGCAUGGGAUUAAUUUCGAAGACGAGGAAGAUGAGGAAGAUGAGGAAGAUGCUGCAAAUAUUGAGGGUGGUGGAGGACAAGCUAGUAAUGAAGGCACUAAAAAGAAAACUCGUGGCAAGACCUUAUGCAAAAAUAUUCAUGCCACUGAUUUUAAUGAUCGACGAGAGGUGGAGUUUUUACAAGGGCAGCCUAUUGGUCCAACCAAGGAGGUCGUAGCUAACCUAGGCCAAUUUUUGGGUUCAACAAUUAUAAAUCCCCGUUUUGUGACUUUGCUAUAUACUAGUUGGCAUGGUGUGCCUGAUAAUAUCAAGAAGGGCAUGUGGGAGUACGCCAACCAAAAGUUUAUUCUUCCAAUAAGUUCAAAGCCGUGGGUCAUGCGGGGAUUUUGUCGUGCAUGGAAAAAAUACAAGGGUGAAAUUAAAAAAGAACAUUUCUUAAAGUACAACACAAAGAAAGAAAUGAUAAAGAAUCGACCAUUAGAGAGUCCUGAAUUUCAGUUUCGCAAGCUAAUUCGGUAUUGGAGUCUUCCUGCUAUCAAGAAUGAACUUCAAAGCCGCAUAGAGGCAGGGGAAAAUCAUGAGGAUGCAUUUGUAGCAGUGCUAGGAAAGGACCAGCCAGGUCGAGUUCGUUGUUAUGGGACUUCAAUUACAAGAAGAUCUCUUAGAAAGGAUGAGGAGAUUCGCCAAGUGAAGGUUGAAUACAAUGAUAAGGUGCAUUCAUUAGAAAAGAAGAUGGACGGUGUUUGUGGUCUAUUAAAGGUGAUGUUGCACCAACUCAAUCCUGGAAUGAGUGACGAAGAGGUAGCAGCCUUAGUGCAAGCAGCCCAAAAUUCUCCUUUGGAUGCCUCAAGUAAUAGACCAAGAAAUACUCCCCACUCCUCCGAAGCAACUCACAUUCCACCAACCGAUGAUGGCAGUGAUAAAAAUAAUGGAGCUCAUAAUGGAUGAUCACACUACUCAUGAAAUUUGAUAUUUUGUAACUAAGUAUAUAAAAGAAGUAGAUAUAUGACACUUGUUGAAAUGGCAAUUCUUAUUUACUUGUUAUGACUUUACUUUUUGGUACUUUGUCAUCAAAGCCUACUUUUAUGGUGACAAUUUUAUAUGUAUGU